CUUGAAGCAAGUAGCACGAAGUACGUAUGCAGUCCUUUGUUGGUGUAGAUAUCGGAAAUUCUUAUCCUCUGUACUUCUGAAAGUGCUAUAGUUAUACCGUGUGCUGCAUAUCAAUUUGCCUCCUGCUCGACCGGCGGACGACGAGAAGCUGCUGAGCGGACGGCCUUCGCCGAGACCUGUGAAUUACUCGGCCCUGUGCUGCCGCACCAGGCCUGGUGAUUCAAAGCCACUGCAGCGGAGGGUUUCCACGCGGAUCUGCUCCGGUGAGACGUGAUCGCCGGCGUCGGCGCUGCGGGGACGGCACUCCGGCACCCAUCAAGAAGUCAAGAUCUUCCAUUGGACUGCACUUCACCAUGGGUUCCGACGAGUGGGUUCUGGACUCGGGCACCUCCUUCCACUUUACCUCGGACAGAGAUUUGCUGCACGAAUUCCAGCUUGUGGAGAAUCCUGUCGAGUUUAUGACUGGGUUGGUUGGAAUGCCCUUUCCUAUUCGUGGGAGCGGGUCGGUACAGACGGAGAAAUUCAAUAUCCCGGAUGUGCGCUAUGUUCCGGACAUCGGCCGAGUAUUGAACAUCAUCUCCGUGUGCAAGCUCUCUAAUGAUCAUAACAUGUCUGCCAACUUUGGGCCGGACCAUUGCACGCUGGAGUUAGAGAGUGGAGAGAUUGCUGGCCUGGCUGUCUUACGCGACGGCAGAUACGUGUUGCAAUAUCUGAUCAUCGGCCAGGACGCCGAUGCAACCUUGCCCACAGGACUACAGCAGCCGAAGCUGGAAGAAACGUGUGAUCAAGAGGGAUCACAGCAGGAGUUGCCGUUGGAUGAUGAAGCAGCAGCAUCUCAAGCAAAGCAAGGGGGGGCCGCGAUGCAGCGUGUGCUAGACCGGUUUGGGCUCCCACGCUUGAACAGGAGGCCGGAUGAUCCAAGAGAGUUGCCGAUCCAUGUCGGCAUGGCCUAUUAUGCUGCUGCUGAAGAUCCAUACGACCCAAGUGUCUUCAUUCUGGACAGCGGCGCGACUCACCACAUGGUUCCAGACGGAACACUCCUGGACCGUGACCGAGAGACCAACAUAGAAAGCACAGACACCAGGUUCCCCGCGCACAUUAUCCGGGACGUCCACGUCGCGAACGACAGGCUCCUUCCGGUUGCUGGCAUCGGGAACAUUACCGGGGCCUACGGGGUGACAAUCCAGAACGUCCUGCAUGUUCCAGGUCUGCCCGCCAACCUGGUCUCUGUGAGCCAACUUAUGACUGAAUUAACUAGUCAGCUGGAGGAUCAGCUUCGGCAAGACCAGUUUGCUAUUAUCCUCGAGGGCACGGAUGUGAAGGAGCUUCAGAUUCACAGGCUUGCUCGCCAGAUUGACAUCGAUAUUUUACCAAAGCGCGAUGUUCUUCGAGAAGCUCAUCCGGUGACCAUAGGGAAAGUCCAAGUGGGCCGCAGCUCUCUUGAUGUCAAAGGCCUCUACCAUCUGCAUGAACUGCGGCCAUGCCCGCCUGUCAACCUCGUGGCCGACUGGAUCAUCAGAGAGGCACAGUGACUACAUCACGUUAUUGUGUUCUCCAUUGCAGAGUCAGUGUGGUCUCUUCAAUCAGAGGCACAACCUACAAGAACAGAGUCAUCGUCGCUCGGGCCAUGCUUUUUAUUAAGUGCCCCUAUAGUUCGCCUUGUUUUCUAAAGUAAUAUAAGCAAGGUCAAAGACUCGGUCUUCCGCUUUAAUUUAUCUGUU